AUGCAGAAAAAAACUUCACUCUGGUUUCAGUUCGAGAAAAUCGGUGUUAAUCAGAACAAGAAGGAGGCCAUAGGUGAGGGGGAAUCGGUUCUGAAAAAGGAUGUUCCCCUGUUUGGAGUUCUCACUGAAGAGCAAGUAGGGAUUAACCCUGCCACAGGAAGACCUCGUAUUCACCCAGACCUGUUGGAAGGUAUGAGAAUCUAUCUGUUGGCUGAUCUGGGAAUGGAUAGAGUUGUGAAAGAAAGCAUAGUUAAAAAUUCCAUAGAGCCUCUGAAGAACGCACCAAACGGACAAGACACGUUAACUCUUGGGCCGGGCCCUAUCAUCUCUACGGAUCUUGAUAAAUGGAAAGGCAUAGUGUUCUGCUAUGAACAGAACCAGGAGUUCACACAAAGGAAGCAAGUGUCUUUUGUUAAAGACAAGCUGAUGCAACAUGCUAUUCAAAGUGGAUAA